UCCCAUCCCAAGCCCGCCGAGAAGAUCUUUGCAUGGAGGCGUUUUUCCCUUUUCCAUGUUUCCCCACACUAAUUCCAUACUUCAACGGCCAGCCUCCGAGUCGUUUCAUCAUUCAGCCCUGUCUCGCGCGACGAGCACGUCAAGCGCAAUCCGACGGAAAUAUCUCAACUCCAUGCUAUGAUGCUCGGCCUCACCGAGUCUCUUCACUAUUUGGUUUGUCGCCCCGGGUGCGUAUAGCCGCCGCCGUGGCAAACAGGUGCCGUGUUGAACGAGGCUCAACGAGCUGAGUGGCCAAAACCAAAGGCCGGAUUUAUUUCAACGUACAUCCCCGGGAGGACGGACAAUGCCACACUUGGUGGCCCGUUAGGCGGCCCAGUGCCAGUGGCCCGGAGCCGCAGCAAACAGAAACCCGCGGGUUUGCAUCCCGCGUGCGUGCCAACUCAUUUCAAAAGGAUUCCUCGCAACUGCCAUACUGGUGGUAAUGUUCUUAUUAUUACUGCGUGCAUGCACCAGCUGGGUGGGAAAAAGGAACGCACGUGCAGCCAUCUGUGUUGUACAUACCUACCUAGGUACAUACCCAGAGCGAUGUUGUGUUUUUUCGCAUGUCUCUACGUCCAUACAACACUUUAAUCCACCUUCAAGUGUCAAUCCGGGGUACAGUAAAGUGGAGAGUCUACGCCGCUUCCUGCAUUGCACAUACGCCUGCCUAGGUAGAACGGGUAACCCGUCCGCAGGAAGAGCAAUCUUGUCCCAACUUCCUAAGUAGGGGUAGCCCGGAGCCUCGGACUGAGCAAGACCAAAAAAAAAAAAGAAUACAACACUUUGCCUGCCUCUUCAAACAGGCAGGUACGGGUCACUUGCUAUAGA